CGAGGGCUGUUGAAAACAUUGGAAAGUGUCGCAGGCGGCCCUCUUAACCGUUUUUGCAGGUGGAGUCGCUCGGGGCUCAUUGGCAUUCGAUAUGCAGGAAGUUUCAUCGCUUCACCGGCUUAUACUCGUUGAAGGGAAGAUUAAUGCAUUUAUUCAUUGCUUUGUCGCGGUCCGGAGAAUUACAUCAUUGUAUGAUUUGGAGGUGGCAAUAUGUGAGCAUGAGGGUAUUGAGCAAUUUGAAGAACUGGGGUUGGGCCCUUUGCUGCGGCAUCCACUAAUCUUGCAUUAUUUUCUAGUGAAUCCUAAUGCAACCGAAGUAUUCAAGAUAACUACUGAAGAGAUUAUUCUGACUCUUCAUGAAUAUAUGAGUAGUUCUAAAGACCAUGAAAUUAAUAUUGAUGAUUUUCUUCAAUUCACUGCGAAGAAGCGAUCCGUCAAGGGAAAGGAAAAUCUUGGAGUGCGUAUUCAAGGCUUAGGAAUGCAUAUUUCUUUUAUCAGGGAAGCCAGGAGAUCCAAAUAUACAACUCUAAAGAAAUGUCUAAAGAUAAUUAAUAGAAAAUCUGAAGCCAAGAUGUUAGCAAAGGGAUCUUGUAAUAAACGCCGGCAACGUCCUCUUUUUACCUCACAGAAAAAGGAUCUGGAUGAACGUUUUUCUGCCAUAUCUGAGCGUAUUGAAUCUUUUGCCUCAGUGCACAAGGAUUUCCGUGGAAAGCACAUAAGAUUUGAUUCAUUGGACUCAGAGGAUGAGGAAGGACAAAGUGAUGAUAGUAAAAAUGAAGAUAAAACGACCAGCAGUGAUGAGGGGAGCCACUUAUCAUUACAAAAUUUUUGUAGUACUGAUAGGGUGAGUAGCUGUCCUUAUCCAUCUGCAACUGAAGAAAUGUCGCGGCUAGGUUUGAAAAGUGAGGCAGGUGGGCAAUCUUCUCCUGUUAGUUGCGGCUCAAGGCUCAAAAAGAAUAAUGGGUCACUAAAAAUGAAAAGAAAAAUUGAAGCUCUAAGUGGCAAUGCCUCUGCACCCUCCAAAUUGCUUAAAGGAGACACAGGGAAACACUGUAUUCAUCCAAUUGAAAAUGGUGAUAAGACUCUGGAGAAUAAUGAAUCUGAUUUUAUAUUAUCUGAUAACUCCAUGAGAAUGUUUAUCACAACCUGGAAGGACACAUGCAAGGAGUGUACUGUUCCUGAGGUUUUCGAGAGAAUGCUCAAGUUUUAUAAACCCGGCGAUACUAAGAAGGCUGCUGGAAAAAGGAAAAAAAUCAAAAGGAUAUUUUAUUCUUACCCAUGUAUUGGAUUAAUCAAUAUUGCAGUGACAUCUAUCAAAUAUGGAAUACUGGAUAGCGUCUAUGAUACUUUCCAAGCUUUAACCCAACACGAACUUCCCAACACUCUUUCUGAAUAUGAAAGCAUUGAGGUUGAACUGGACGAAAAACACACACUAGUCAUCCCUGACCAUAGUCCGGAGCAAACACACAGUCUAGCAGGUGUUACAGUUGAAGAAAUUCUCAGAAAAAUUAAUAGGUAUUACGAGCUUGAUCACAGUUUUGAGCAUAAUGGAAAAUCACUUCUUGAGGACAAAUUUAUUUCCUUGAAGAAGCUAUGCAGUUGCGAGUUCUGGCUGGUUGACCAAUUUGGUAUUGGGGAGUUCAAGACCCUGGGUCAUGGGGAUUUUUUCACUUUCCUAGAGAAACAUGCCUCUUUGUUACCUAGUGAAAUACAGAAGCUCUUAGUCGGUAACAUAUGUGAAAAGUCACCUUUGGAGGCUUCCCUGCUCCAGCAUGAGUUGAUUGUAUUAGUAUCGCAGGCUUCAAAUAGUUUGUGGCAGGGUGAAACUAUUUCCAAACAGAUGAUUUCUGCUUUGCUUGUAAAGCAAUUUCCUCUUCUUAGUUUUAAAAUUAUGGAAAAUGGCUCAAUGGAAGACUUUUUACGUGAUGUGGGCAAUUAUAAGAGUAAUGUGAUCUCAAACUGUGUUGUGUUUUCUGCAACGUUGCUAGGAAAUAAUCACAUUGGGGACCCAAAUGAAGAACAUGUAGUGGAAAGCACUUCAAUGAAAACUGACAGUGUCCAGAAAAUGACAUCAUUUGAGUCUGCUACCUCUAAGAAUGCUAUUGAAGUUUUGCUUGGAGCACCAAUGCUAUCUGAUUUAAGCUUAUGGUCACAUUGGGACCUCAUAUUUGCUCCCUCUCUCGGUCCCCUUGUGGGAUGGCUCUUGAGUGAAGUGAAUACCCAAGAGUUGUUAUGUUUGGUUUCAAAGGAUGGUAAGGUGAUUCGAAUUGAUCAGUCUGCUAAUGCAGAUUCAUUCUUAGAAGCUGCACUUCAGAGAUCAUCUUUCCAAACAGCAGUUCAACUGUUAUCCCUGUUAUCACUGGCUGGGGGGGAAAAGCAUGUGCCUUCAUCCCUUCUAAAAUGUUAUGCUCGCCAUGCAUUUGAUGCAAUUUUGAAGAAUCAUUUGGAAAAUGUGGAAGUCCAGGACAAUAAUAAUUGUUCAUUGCCGGGAAAACUGGUAGAUGGGAUUGCUAAUAAUUUAAGUGGUGAAUUGCAUAAAAAUUUGAUCCAAAUGAAUCAGACGGUUCCUGCUGCUUCAAGAUUUAUACUCGAUUGUCUUGGUUAUCUCCCUUCAGAAUUUUGUGGUUUUGCAGCAGGUGUGUUACUUUCUGGGAUGCAAUCUGUAACUAAAGAUGCCCCUUCUGCCAUUUUAUGUGAAUGCAACCAAAAAGAACGUAUCAUGCUGCAUGAAAUAGGAUUAUCCAUUGGCAUAGUGGAGUGGAUUGAUGAUUACCACAAAUUUUGUUUAAAUAAUGCUGCUGACAUAUCCACAUCUUCUGAGCCAGCACACUUGGAACCUUCUGGGUCUGUGUUAAGCACAGGCUCAAGGUAUUUGCAAAAUGCAGUGGAUGUGUAUACUUGUGGUAUUGAGUUAAAAAUUGCUCACAAUGAAGAUGCACAUAAUAAAGACAAAAAUGAAACAAGUCUCACAAUGCAGCAUGCAAUAGUUUCUAGUGAUGGAAUUAGCAAUGGUUGCACAGAAGAAUCAUCUGAGCUUAACAAACAGACAGAGGCAGCCCUGGUAAUUGAAUCUAUCAGGAGAGAUGAAUUUGGUUUGGAUCCAAAUCUUUCAUGCACAGAGAGCAACAUAUUGAGAAAGCAACAUGCUCGCUUAGGCAGAGCACUUCAUUGUCUUUCUCAGGAAUUAUACUCUGAGGAUUCUCAUUUUCUUCUUGAGCUGGUCCAAAAUGCUGAUGAUAAUGUCUAUCCAGAAAGUGUGGAGCCAACUCUAACAUUCAUUCUUCAAGAAUCAGGUAUUGUUGUUUUAAAUAAUGAGCGGGGAUUCUCUUCUCAGAAUGUCAGAGCUCUUUGCGAUGUUGGAAAUUCAACUAAGAAAGGAUCUGGCACUGGAUACAUUGGAAAGAAAGGGAUCGGCUUCAAAUCAGUCUUCCGGGUAACUGAUGCUCCAGAGAUUCACUCCAACGGUUUUCAUAUUAAGUUUGACAUAAGUGAGGGUCAGAUUGGUUUUGUUUUGCCCACAGUUGUACCUCCUUGCAAUGUUGGCUUGUUUAGCAGGUUGUUGUCUAGAGAGACUGGUCAAACGGAUAAGAAUUGUUGGAACACUUGUAUUGCUCUUCCCUUCCGGUCAAAAUUAUCAGAAAAAACUGCCAUGAGAAUGUUCUCAGAUCUUCAUCCCUCUUUGCUACUCUUUCUUCAUAAGCUUCAAUGUAUCAUGUUUCUGAACACACUCAAUAAUUCACUCCUUGUGAUGAGAAAAGAAAUUUUGCCAGAUGGAAUUGUAAAGGUCUCAUGUGGAAGAGAUAAAAUGAGUUGGCUUGUUGCAUCUCAGAAGUUGCAAGCACAUGCCAGUCGUCCUACCGUUCAGACAACUGAAAUUGCAAUUGCAUUUACACUGGAGGAACUGGAUAAUGGGGAUUACCAUCCAUGUUUGGACCAACAGCCUGUUUUUUCUUUUCUUCCUCUAAGGACUUAUGGUCUAAAAUUUAUUCUCCAGGGCGACUUUGUUCUUCCUUCAUCUAGAGAAGAAGUAGAUAAGAAUGAUCCCUGGAACGAGUGGCUGUUGACAAAGUUUCCGGGUUUGUUUGUCAGGGCAGAGAGAUCAUUUUGUACUCUUUCUUGUUUCAGGGAGAAUCCAGGAAAAGCUGUGGCAGCUUAUAUGAGCUUUGUUCCGCUUGUUGGUGAGGUGCAUGGUUUUUUUUCUGGGCUCCCUAAGGCAAUUGCUUUAGAAUUACGAAGGACCAGCUGUCUCUUUCUGGAAGGGGAUAGUUGUAAAAUGGUUCCUCCAUGCAGUGUUCUGAGAGGUUGGAAUGAACAGGCCCGUAAUCUUCUACCUGAUAGCUUGCUUCAAGAACACCUGGGUCUGGGAUUCCUAGAUAAGAAUAUAGUUUUGUCCGAUUCACUUGCAAAGGCAUUAGGUAUUGCAGACUAUGGACCUGAAAUUCUUAUAAAAUUUAUGACCUGUUUAUGUCGUACAGAAAGUGGCCUAAAGUUGAUGAGUCUUAGUUGGCUAUCAUCUUUCCUAAAUGCUCUUUACACCAUGCUUUCCCAUUCUUCUGGGCCAACUGAUCUUAUUGAUAACCUUCGACAUAUCCCAUUUAUUCCUCUUUCAGAUGGUACUUACAGCUCAGUGGAUAAGGGUACAAUUUGGUUACAUUCUAAUAUUUUCCGUGCUGGUCUUGAUGAUGCACAGGAACUUGAUGCUUUUCCACAAUUAUAUGCCAAACUUAGGACCGUAAACUCUGGACUCUUUUCUGCAUCAGCUGUUGAUGGUACUUCAGUAGACAAUAGUGCUAGGAUGCUUCAGAAGAUUGGUGUCCAGCAGCUGUCUGCACAUGAAAUUGUCAAGAUUCACAUUUUACCAGCUAUAUCUGAUGACAGAAUCACUAAUAGAGACAGAGGGUUAAUGACGGAUUACCUCUGCUUUGUGAUGAUCCACCUACGAUCCAGCUGUCCUCAUUGUUGUGUUGAAAGGAUGCACAUUAUCUCUGAGUUGCGAAAUAAAGCUUAUAUAUUGACAAAUCUUGGAUAUAGAAGGCCUGCUGAGACAUCCAUUCAUUUUAGUAAAGAAUUUGGAAGUCUUAUCAAUAUAAGUAAAUUGAUUAAUGCUUUGGAUAUGAAAUGGCAUGAGGUUGACAUAACCUAUUUAAAGCAUCCAAUAAAUGAUUCGCUCUCAAAUGCGUUGAUGAUGUGGAGAAGUUUUUUCCAGGAAAUUGGUGUCACAGACUUUGUGCAGGUUGUUCAAAUUGAAAAAUGUAUUUCUGAUUUAUGUCAUACUGUUUUGAAUGAUAUAACAUGGGAUAAAGAGCUCAGUUCCCCUGGAUCACUAGCCAGUGAUUGGGAAUCCUUCGAGUUGAUGCAGAUGUUGUCUCUAUUGUCCAAGACAAGUGAUAGGGAACGAUGUAUGUAUCUUUUGGAGGUACUUGACAAAAUGUGGGAUGAUGACUUUAGUGACAAAACUACAGGUCACUGCAAUUUAAAAUCUAGUGCUGGUGGCAGAACCUUCAAGUCUUCCUUCUUAAGCAGCAUCCAUGAUGUUCCAUGGAUAGCAUCAAGCAUGGACAAUGAACUUCACUACCCUAAAAGUUUGUUCUAUGAUUGUGAUGCAAUACGCAGUAUCCUAGGUGCUUCAGCACCAUAUGCUCUUCCCAAGGUGAGAAGCACAAAGUUACUGAGUGAUAUUGGCUUUAAGACUAAGGUUACUCUUGAUGAUGCUCUGGAAAUAUUGAGAAUAUGGAGAGAAUCAGAGACCUCUUUCAAAGCCAGUGUAGCACAAAUGUCCAGAUUUUACACAUUUAUUUGGGCGGAAAUGGCUGUUUCGAAGAAUAAAAUUUUUGAGGCACUCCAUUCAGUACCAUUCAUUUUCAUUCCAUUUGAAUCUGGUUUAAGGCAUGAGGAUAUGGUGUCUGGUAUAUUCUUGUCUUCUGAAGAAGUUCAUUGGCAUGAUCCAACUGGCUUGGUUGACCACAUGAAAGGUAUUAAUCCUCAAUGUGGCUCAACACGUGGCCCUCGAUGGCCCUUAAGCAAGACAUUGUGCAGUGUUUAUGCUGGACUGCAUGACUUUUUUGUUAAAGAGUGUGGUGUAUAUGAGACCCCAUCUUGCCAUAGUUAUUUUGAUAUUUUGCUCCAGUUAUCAGCUGUUGCUUUGCCUUCACAAGUUGCUAGCGCAGUUUCACAAAUUUUCUUUAAGUGGGCUGAUGGGCUGAAAUCUGGAUUACUGAGCUCUGAUGAUAUCAUCCACAUGAAAGAACGUCUUCUGAAAGUGGAAUACACAGUACUUCCCACUGUGCAAGAUAAGUGGGUGUCGCUACACUCUUCAUUUGGUUUGGUGUGCUGGUGUGAUGAUAGGAAUUUGAAGGGCAUAUUUGAGGAUCUGGACAACAUUGACUCCCUGCAUUUCGUCAAUCUUAAUGAUGAGGAAAAGAAGCUUCAAACUGACAUCUCAGACAUCAUGCAUAAAUUAGGGAUUCCUGCUCUCUCAAAGAUCAUAACUAGAGAAGCUAUAUACUAUGGUCCAGCAGACUCUAGCUUCAAAGCUUCAUUGAUUAAUUGGGCUCUUCCUUAUGCUCAACGCUAUAUGUAUAGCAUACACCCUGAUAAAUAUUUGCAACUUAAGCAGUCUGGAUUCCAUGAUAUAAAGCAGUUGAAGGUGACUGUUGUUGAGAAAUUAUUCUACAGGAAUGCAAUAAAAGGCAUUGGCAGUUCAUCUAAUAAGCGAUAUGAAUGUAGCUGUCUUCUGCAGGGUAAUACCUUUUACACAGCUUCACAAUCAGAUAUAAAUGAUGUAUUUUUGGAGCUUUCUCGUUUGUUCUUUGAUGGUGCUUCAGAUAGAUCCUUGGCAAAUUUCCUCCUCCUUAUUACAACUGUUAUGGAAUCUGGUGCCUCUGAGGACCAAACAGAGUUAUUUAUUGUGAAUAGCCAAAAGGUGCCAAAGCUUCCUGAUGAUGAACCUACUUGGUCACUCUCAUCGAUUUCUCCUUUGCCAAAGGAUGAUAAAUCAUUUAAUUUAGGCGUUGGAUCAGCAGCAAAUGAGCAAAAAAGCUCAAAGUUCAAGAGGAAAAUGGGAACCAGCUCAAAUUGGCCAUUUGGGGACUGGAGAACUGCACCAGUUACUGAUUAUGCUCGUGCAAACGAUUUUAAUACCCAGGCUCUAGUAACACAACUUAACGGUUCAGGAAUGGAUGAUGAGGAUGAUUCACAGGACAUUGAGAUAGAAACAGCUACGUCAGAGCCAAUUGAGAUAGAUACUGAUUGGACUAUUGAAGAGAACGUACAACUAUCAAUUUCACCAGAGUCUGAAAAUAUGGACCAUCAUUUUGUUCAUGCUUCCAGUCAGACUCUAAACAUGGAUAUUGCUGCUGACACUGUUGACUUGCCUCUUGUUUCAGAUGGCCAUGAAGUAGUUAAAUCUAGAUUUGCACAGAGAGAGAAGUUGAACACAAGGAAGGUCGAUGCUAAACAGAUACAGCUGACUGGAAGACUAGGAGAACGUGUGGCUUUCAAAUAUUUGACUGAAAAAUUCGGUGAGCGAGUUGUGAAGUGGGUUAAUGAAGACAAUGAAACUGGGUUACCCUAUGAUAUAGUUAUGGAAGAGAAUGGAAAUGGUAGAGAGUACUUUGAAGUAAAAGCAACAAGAUCUACAAGGAAGGACUGGUUUGAAAUAACAGUAAGAGAAUGGCAAUUUGCAGUUGAAAAAGGCGAUUCUUUUAGCAUUGCUCAUGUUGUUCUUCAACAUAAUAAUACGGCAAGAGUCACAAUAUUCCAAAAUCCUGUAAAACAAUGUCAGGCAGGCAAGUUGCGAUUGGCUCUUUUGAUGCAAAAGUAGCAGACAGAAUCAACUGUUGUCUUCUAACAGGCCCUAAUAUUUUCUGUAUUCGCAACUUCCAACACAAAGUGCAUGCUUGCUUGCCCUUGCCUAUUGAUCAAAUCGAUUUGAUUUCAUUCUCAUGGACUUAAGAGGUAGUCAAGUCUGCCUGUUGUAUAAUUUUGCUCAGAUUUAGAAUGCUUUCUGGAGAAGGUCCAAUUUGUCUCCUUCCCCUGUGCAGAGAGUUUUGCUAUUGACAAUUUACUAAAGACAAAAGUCACGCCGAGGAAUUAUCAAAGAUUUUCCCCGGAGGAAAUUUGGCUACUACUUCUUGGCAGAGUCUUUUCAAGCUGCAGACCGGGAUUAAAAAAUCUUGGUAAAAGUUUUAAUCAUUGAAAGGUUAUUUUAGUAUUCUGUAUAGAUUAAUGUUUCAAAACUUGACAGCUUGUAAAUACUUUUCACAUUACUUUAGUUCAUUGAUUAAGAACAACAGACAUUUGCAGUGCCCGAUAAAAUUUUAUAUAAUAAUCUGUUUUCCUCCGAGUGAGUUUGAGACUAA